GUCACUGUGACCUUUCUACAUAUCGUCGCUGUGUCCGCCAUCCUUCUCUCUGUGCUCUGCAGCCGGACACACUUACAAGGAUACCAACAUGCUGUCAGUUCGCGUCGCUGCGGCUCUUGCCCGCAGUCUGCCUCGACGGGCUGGAUUUGUGUCAAAGAAUGUUGCAGCAGCUUGUGUAGGAGCCAAGAAUCUUCACACCGCCCGGCCAUGGCUGCAGAAAACAGGCACAGCCGAGGUGUCGUCUAUUCUGGAGGAAAAGAUCAUGGGCGCAGACACCGCUGCCGACCUGGAGGAGACUGGUCGUGUGCUGUCUAUUGGUGACGGUAUUGCCAGAGUGUACGGUCUGAGGAACGUCCAAGCCGAGGAGAUGGUGGAGUUCUCCUCUGGCCUGAAGGGCAUGUCUCUGAACUUGGAGCCUGACAACGUUGGUGUUGUGGUGUUCGGUAACGACAAGCUGAUCAAGGAAGGUGACAUUGUCAAGAGAACGGGUGCCAUCGUGGACGUUCCCGUCGGUGAAGAGCUUCUGGGCCGGGUAGUCGAUGCUCUGGGAAACGCUAUCGAUGGAAAGGGCCCUCUCGGCUCCCAGAUCCGCAGGCGUGUGGGUCUGAAGGCCCCUGGCAUCAUCCCCCGCAUCUCUGUGAGGGAGCCGAUGCAGACCGGCAUCAAAGCCGUGGACAGUUUGGUCCCCAUUGGUCGUGGGCAGCGAGAGCUCAUCAUCGGGGACAGACAGACUGGCAAAACCGCCAUCGCCAUCGACACAAUCAUCAACCAGAAGCGCUUCAACGAAGGCACUGAGGAGAAGAAGAAGCUGUACUGCAUCUAUGUCGCCAUCGGCCAGAAGAGAUCCACCGUGGCUCAGCUGGUGAAGAGGCUGACCGACGCUGAUGCCAUGAAGUACACCAUCGUGGUCUCUGCCACCGCCUCCGACGCUGCGCCGCUGCAGUACCUGGCUCCAUACUCCGGCUGCUCCAUGGGAGAAUACUUCCGAGACAACGGCAAGCACGCCCUCAUCAUCUACGACGAUCUCUCCAAACAGGCUGUCGCCUACCGUCAGAUGUCCCUGCUGCUCCGUCGUCCUCCCGGCCGUGAAGCUUACCCAGGAGAUGUCUUCUACUUGCAUUCCCGUCUGCUGGAGAGAGCUGCCAAGAUGAACGACAACUUUGGCGGCGGCUCCCUCACAGCUCUUCCCGUUAUCGAGACGCAGGCUGGAGACGUGUCAGCCUACAUUCCCACCAACGUUAUCUCCAUCACAGACGGACAGAUCUUCUUGGAGACCGAGCUCUUCUACAAAGGUAUCCGUCCAGCCAUCAACGUGGGUCUGUCUGUGUCACGUGUCGGAUCUGCUGCCCAGACCAAGGCCAUGAAGCAGGUCGCUGGUACCAUGAAGCUGGAGCUGGCUCAGUACCGUGAGGUGGCUGCCUUCGCUCAGUUCGGUUCAGAUCUGGACGCUGCUACUCAGCAGCUGCUGAACCGCGGUGUUCGUCUCACUGAGCUCCUCAAACAGGGACAGUACUGUCCCAUGGCCAUUGAGGAACAGGUAACGGUUAUCUACGCUGGUGUGAGGGGACACCUGGACAAAAUGGAGCCAAGCAAGAUCACAAAGUUCGAGAAGGCAUUCCUGCAACACAUCCUGAGCCAGCACCAAGACCUGCUGGCUGCUAUUAGGGCUGAUGGCAAAAUCUCGGAGGCGUCUGAUGCUAAACUCAAGCAGAUUGUGUUGACUUUCCUCUCCAGCUUUGAGUAAAGUAAAGCUAUUUAGGUGUGGUUGUUUUCAUGUUUGCAUAGUGCAGCGUCAGUCGAACUUUCUAUGAACUGUAAGAGGAACUCAAAUGGCACUUGGAUCUUAAAUGUACAGAUAUCUCCUUACAGAGAAUAAAGUAAUGAAACAAAUGUAA